GGGACCGGGAGGGACCCAGGAAAGAGAAGAGGAAGCCGAGCUCCGCGGGCUCAGCCUCCAACUUGUCUCAGGUCAUUCAUCCUGCUCCGUCGGGAAGUGACUGGCGCUCGGUAACUCUCAAGCCACUGUACAUUUAAGGUGGUUGCCAACGAGAGCCACUUUGGAAAGGUCAGCCCGCAGGGUAGAAGGUCAGAAGGCGACAAGACUGGCACUCCGGAGAGCAGCGCGCACAGCCUUGGGCGUGAGUGUCUGCAGGUUGCUGCCUGAGAAGAUGAGAAUCACGCAAAUGAGUCACUUCUACCUGGCCAGCGUGGGCCUGUUCCUCCUGACGAAUGCCCUUCCUGGAACAACGGGCCAAGGGGAGUCGAGGCGACAGGAGCCCGGGGACUUUGUGAAGCAGGAUAUUGGCGGACUUUCUCCGAAACACGCCCCGGAUAUUCCCGACGACAGCACCGACAACAUCACCAUCUUCACGAGGAUCUUGGAUCGCCUUUUGGAUGGCUAUGACAACCGGCUGCGACCUGGGCUUGGAGAUGCGGUGACCGAAGUGAAGACUGACAUCUAUGUGACCAGUUUCGGCCCCGUGUCAGACACUGACAUGGAGUACACCAUCGAUGUGUUUUUCCGACAGACAUGGCAUGAUGAAAGGCUGAAAUUUGAUGGGCCCAUGAAGAUCCUGCCCCUGAACAAUCUCCUGGCGAGUAAGAUCUGGACCCCUGAUACCUUCUUCCACAAUGGCAAGAAAUCAGUGGCCCAUAACAUGACCACACCCAACAAGCUGCUCAGACUGGUGGACAAUGGAACCCUCCUCUACACAAUGAGGCUCACCAUCCACGCCGAGUGCCCCAUGCACCUGGAGGACUUCCCCAUGGAUGUGCACGCCUGCCCGCUCAAGUUUGGAAGCUAUGCCUACACAACAGCCGAAGUGGUUUAUUCUUGGACUCUCGGGAAGAACAAAUCUGUGGAAGUGGCACAGGAUGGUUCUCGCCUGAAUCAGUACGACCUGCUGGGCCAUGUGGUGGGCACAGAAAUAAUCCGCUCUAGCACAGGGGAAUACGUCGUCAUGACAACCCACUUCCACCUGAAGCGGAAAAUUGGCUACUUCGUGAUCCAGACCUACUUGCCGUGCAUCAUGACUGUCAUCCUGUCACAGGUGUCUUUUUGGCUCAACAGAGAGUCUGUCCCCGCCCGCACGGUCUUCGGUGUCACCACUGUGCUCACCAUGACCACGCUGAGUAUCAGUGCCAGAAACUCCUUGCCUAAAGUGGCGUACGCGACGGCCAUGGACUGGUUCAUAGCCGUCUGUUAUGCCUUCGUAUUUUCUGCGCUGAUUGAGUUCGCCACUGUCAACUACUUCACCAAGCGGAGCUGGGCCUGGGAAGGCAAGAAGGUGCCUGAGGCCCUGGAGAUGAAGAAAAAAGCACCAGCAGCCCCGGCAAAGAAAGCCAGCACCACCUUCAACAUCGUGGGGACCACCUACCCCAUCAACCUGGCCAAGGACACCGAGUUCUCCACCAUCCCCAAGGCCGCGGCUCCGAGUGCCGCCUCCACCCCGACUGCCGUCGCCUCCCCCAAGACCACCUACGUGCAGGACAUCCCCGAGACCAAGACCUACAACAGUGUCAGCAAGGUCGACAAAGUCUCGCGCAUCAUCUUCCCUGUGCUCUUCGCCAUAUUCAACCUGGUGUACUGGGCCACGUACGUCAACCGGGAGACGGCCAUCAAGGGCAUGAUCCGCAAGCAGUAGGUGGCAGCAGCCAGAGCGCCGUACGCCCCAGGAAGCACCCAGGCACCCAACCCCCAGGGCUCCCCUUCAUGUGUUUCAGGAUUCUUUCCAGUGCUCUGCCAAGCUAGGACUCUCAGCAAGACUUACAACACAAACGAUGAUGUGUCCCCUAACGUGGCUGAGUGUGCCCCAUCAGAGCCAAACACUGCCAUCUGUCCAGUCGCCCACCUAGCCUGCGCCCCCCCCCCAGGGCACUGCAUGCCUUUCGUGCACUCUGCCCACCACGGCCAGCAGGAGCGGCCCCCUGUGGCAGGGAGCUGGCCGGCCGGCAGGUCAGCUUCAGAUUCUGCAGCACUAGGGCACGAGGCUGGGCUACCCCUGGCCCCGCCUGCCACCUCCUUAGCCGCGGGCCCAGCAGGCAUGAGAACCGGUGGCGGAGGCAGCAGCCAGCGUAAACCUCCAAACGCGGGCCCAAGGCCCCGCCGCUUUACAGGCUGAGGCUAGUGGGGCCGCUGGACUCCCCUUGUCUACCCAGAGGGCCAAAACACAUAGAACCAAGACGGCUGGUGCUCCCCGCGUCCAGCCUACCUCUCCUCUGGGAAGCCCCCUUCUCCUGAACCCUGUGACCCCCUAGUCAGCUGGGCACGGCUUCAUUGGGGCUCUACUGCCCGCCAACUCUGGGGUAAAGAUCAAAUCUUUCUUACAAAAGAGACAAGCAGAAACAAAAAUAUCGAGGCCAAAGGCCUACACAAGCCUCUACUAAGCCAGAGCUUGGCAAUGGGAAGGUGGCCGCCGGGCCAGAGCAGCACAAGACACUGGCCGGGGCAGGAUACUUGGGGGCUCGGCCUGGUAGUCGAGGCUUCCAGUCUGGCGCAAGUGAGAGUCAAAGCUGCCUCCGUCCCCUGCCAGGCUCAGGCCUUUGCUCUGACACAGCAGGGGCGGCUGGCAGGGCACUGGUGUCACUGCCGGGGCGAGGAAUCCGAGCCUGGUCGAUUUUUGAGUUGCUUAGUCAUUAGCUCAGGCUGAUCAUCUACUGCCUACAGGCCACUUGAUAGCCACUUGCUCUUCACGUGAACAAAAGGACAUUGGUAAGGGAGAAUGGCAAAUGUGUUAUGCGCCAGAUGGGCGAGUCUCAGAAGCUUGACGAACUCUAAGGCUCCUUACCAGUGUCUGCAGAGGCCUAUCCUGGGAAGCCUGGCCCAGCUUGACUUAAGAAUCCGCACAACCUCCACAUGCCUGCUGGGUCCACAUGCAAGUUUGGCCGCACACCAGAGAGGUUUUCAGGGUGUCACACUGGGCCACGCCAGGGACGACCUUGGCAGUCACGCCUCCAGGGCAUGUGCAGCUGGAAGGUGGCAGUCCCAGCCAGUAGCCCAGAAGGGCCUGGAAGCCCGAGGUAAAGCCACAGAUGGCGCGAAAGCAGACUCUCCCUGCCCCCCCCCCCAUGAACUCCCUGAGGGGUCCGUUGUCAGUGCCGCCACUCUCCCCACCCCCAGCCCCGCUUCCUUGCCAUCGCUGGGAUGAUGCAUGCCCGUCCCGACUGUCUGUAGGUCAGUUCAUGAAUAGAAGAGUGUAGUGUGGGGGUGGGGGGGGGCAGGUAACGGCCAUCUUGAGGAUAAAGCGGAAGGCUGACCUUUGCUCCUGUACACAUUGUGUUUCCAGUGCUUCGGUGUAAUGUGUAGCGGCUGUUUAUUAAACUCUUU